AAGGCGCUUAUAGCGUUCAGGAAGUUAACCCGCUGCCACAGAAGCGAUCCUGGCAGGAAGGAGAGAUCGGUGUCCUUGGUUUGCGUGCCAGGGACCUACCACAAAACCAAGAAGACAUACGAUUGGCUAAACGCAUGGUAAUCAAGACGGGUUUUUUUGUCGACGAUGCGCUGUCAUUCACUCGAUGUUUGCUCGCAGAAAGCACAGGAUUGUAAAGUGAAUCUGCCACCGGCUCCAAAACGCGCUACCUUGGCGUUCCAGCAACGGCAGUUCAAGAAACUCAUCACUCCGUUUCGUUCACCCUUGAUCCCGAACAAGGACGAAAAUACACCAUCGGAGGAUCUUUUAAGGUCCAGGAGUCCUCCAUCGAUUCUUCCAACACUACCACCAACUCUGAAAAUGCCUCUUACACCUAAGAAAUAUCAUCAUGUCCAUGCAGCUCCGUCCGUUACACCAGCUAAGACCAGAGUUCGCACACUCAAAGCGGCGUCACAAUUUAAAUCUCCAUUAAGCUCCUCUGCUUCAUCAUCGUCCGGAAGAGGAUCAUCGAUUCGACUGACGCCUACAGUCCAGUCCCUAGAACGCAAAUUGCAACUUCUUAAACGCGCGGUCAAAGUGAAAGAGGACGACGAGGAAAAGACGCUCGUCGGACUCAUCAACAAAUGGACAGAGGCAGGACGGGAGGUCGCAUAUGAGCUUUGGGAUUUGGUGAAAGAUUCUGUUAAUAAGGGGGAUGGUUUGGGUUGGGACGGAGGCGAGAGGAAGAUGGGCUCACGAGACUCGAACUGGGGUUGGGACUCCCCUGGCAUCAAACGUGAAGGCUAUCCGGAGAACGAGAUGGACACUGUUACGGAUAAUCCCUUGGACGGAGGCUAUACCAACAAGAUCGUUUCAGAAGAUGACGAACACGCACGGAAUACCAUGGGUACGAUGCUCCGACGGCUUGGAAUCGCUAUAGAGACAUUAGGAUGGGAUGAAGAUGCAGAGGUUUUCUUCGAUUAAAGCUAUGUUCAUUCAGGUUUGUGCUAUUCUACAUCCAGGUUAUGGUAAGUUGGGAUAUGAAAGUCUCAAUUGCCUAUCGUCUUAUUCUUCGAUAUUCCUUAACGCCUCUUCAACAAUUACUUC